AUGAAGACGCCGAGGUUAAAAUCUAGCAGUGCGAAAUCCGUACGAUCGCGUUCGGCGCGGCGCGAGGCUUCGCCAGGUCUCGAUGUGGACAAAUCCGUAACAUCACUCCCCCGUGCGGAGCGAACCGCCGUAACCAGAUCUUCUGUCCUCAACGCACAGCAUGAUUCCGCGGUAUCGAAAAAGAAGCAAAAACGUCAGACUCGUUCGCAGCGAUUACGACAGGAAAAGGGACUGGAACGAGCCGAGGUCGUGAUGGAUAAGACUGAGAAGAAGCUUGCCAAAAGCGUGCACAAAGGGAAGGUCGUCAAGGCUCGAAAAUCCACGUGGGAUGACCUGAAUAAACGCGGCAAGAAUGCGUAUAAAAUCUUAGAAGACCAAGUUGAUGCUAUGGACACCGAUGACAAAGAAGCACGGCCCAAACAAUCUAAACAACCCGGACCACCACCGUCUUCGGUCCUUCCGGCGCCGUCGGCCCAGCCCACGCAAACAGAGAUGUUUGACCAUGAAAUUGACGGCGAGAUUACCUAA